AUGUGUGACAUUUUACCAAAACCCAAAGCAGUGAAUAUUGAUUCAAGUCUCAAGUUGUUCGGGUGGGUUGGGAGCCAAGUAGAAAUUUGGGACGUGCAUUCGAUGGAAGUGGAUGAAGGUGCUUACGGUAUCAAGCUCAAAGAUUUAACAUUUGUUUUACUUGGUGUGAUUGGUGAUGGUGACUGCAUAGGCGCAACGAAGCCUCUGUACAACCGACAAUCCGACGAAGCAUCUGAAAAUUCUGACGAAUCAUCUGCAGAAUCCAACGAAGCAUCAGCUGAUCAGAGGUCAAGGCUAAUGAUGUCAACCGAGAGAUUAAACAAGUCCAGUGAUAGAGUUAAGGACAGCAGAAGAACCAUGCUCGAAACAGAAGAGCUUGGUGUUUCGAUCCUCCAGGAUCUGCAUUCACAGAGACAAUCAUUGUUGCAUGCUCAUACCACGCUUCAUGGAGUGGAUGACAACGUAGGGGAAAGCAAGAGAGUUCUGACUUCCAUGGCAAGGAGUAUGAACAGGAACAAGUGGCUUAUUGGCACGGUUAUCGCGGUUCUUGUCAUUGUGAUCGCCUUGAUCUUGUACUUCAAACUUAAAUAAGCCAAGACAUUUUUCGCUUGUUGAGCUUGUGGCUUUUCAAAUGAACAAAUUUGCGUUUCUUGUUUCUCCUUAUUUUUCGAGUGUGCAAAUUGAGUUUGUCAAGAUGAAGAUCCUUGAUUGUGUAGUAAUGGAAACAUAUCGAUACGUUCCAACAUUCUUUAUUGGUCGUGUAACUUGU